CGAGGCGCAGUCGAGUUCAACAGCUGGAUUCAACCUCUUUUCGAAAGAGUCUCUGCCCUACAGGAGAUCCAUAUCACCUUCACGUACACGUUACCUGGAGGUCCCGUCCGGUCCCCGAUCAGGACUUCGAUCAUUGAACGCCCUACGGCCCCUGGGCGCAAACCCCGCGCGAGCACCAAGAUGCCCGCUGAUCUGCAGCAGCUGGGACAAAGGAUUUUGAACAUCCUCCAUGCUGGCCUCUAUGUCCCCCGACCACAGCAUCGUCCCGACCCUCCGGCCGGACAUCACCCUUGAUCGUCCCGCAGGAAUAUGAUGGAUGUCUCAUCGAGGCAGACGCAUUCACAGGCGGAUAUGUCGACAGUCGACAUACAUUGCGAUUCCCCAUCAAGUCCCGCGCUUCUUACCGCCCACACGUCUCGAGAGAGAGAGAGCAAAACUGUCAAUAUGCUAGAAACAUCUGGAAACACCCGGAUUUAUGCACUUAUGCGAUACAUACACGUCGCCAUGUGGCUUUUGUUUCAAGUAAGAUGCAGCAAGAUUAUGUGCCAAGCUACGUGCUACGUGAUGCACAUGGGCGCUGUCGAUCGAACGUUCUCGAUGAAACUGUCGACCUCGCGCGCUCCGAUCGAUCUGCAUUAUCGGGUAGAGCGUCCGGACCCGGGGUAUCGUUAUCUUCGUCAUCACGCCAUCGAUGCAUCGCCUUCUCGGGACCAGAGGAGAUGGCUUGCCUCGAUGGGCUCGGUUACCCGGGUCGAGUUCGUAAUUCCAGUCGACGAGUGUGGGACGUGUGGGGAAGGGUAUGGACGUUGCAGGUCGCGAUUGGCUGUGACGCGAUGUGAUACUCGUAUAUCCGCGGUACACACCUGUUUGCUCGACCUCGAUUGCCCCACGAGCCCACGAUCACCUCCCCGAUAGGGAUGGUUCGAUGGCGCCGAGCUGGAAAAAAAAGUCGGGG